GAUGGCUCAUCAACAACUGUUUACGUUUGCACAACAAAACAGACGGGUUUUGCAAACAGAAUUGAUUUGUCAAUAUUUUUUUGUGUAGUUUAUUUAUUCGCCACAUAAUUUUGCGGCUUAAUAAACAAAAGUGUACCGGAAAAACAUGAAGUAAGCUAACAAUUUGUUAUUGCUGCAUAUUGUGCACGCGAAAGCUGCAUCUGAGAGAGCAAUAGCAGUGGCAGUUGCAGUUACCAGCAAAAUCUAGCCAACCAGCCAAACAAUUGACCAACUAGAAAUUAGCCACAACAACCGCUCCACCAACACCAUCAUCACUAGCACCACUACAAACACGCUGCCAACGAAAUCUCGUUUAUAUGAAUAUAUUAUUGUAAUCAAAACAAAAACAAGCCGCUAACAACGCUCACAGCUCAUUCACGUUUUGACCAAGCAACUGUUGGUAGUUGAACGACGCAACAACUGGCAACAGCAGUCUGUUUCAAACCGCUAAGACAUCAUUUCAUUACAAAGCAAACGCGCUGACAAAGUGGUCAUUAAUAACGAACAACAACAAUAAGAUUAGCAUAAACAUUACUAACGUCAGCAAGAAUAAGGAAAUUGUAAUUAACAAUGGGUUUGAGAUUCCAACAAUUGAAGAAGCUAUGGCUGCUAUACCUGUUUCUACUGUUCUUUGCAUUCUUUAUGUUCGCACUAAGUAUCAAUCUAUAUGUGUCCAGUAUACAAGGAAUUGGACAGGACGAGGUCCAUCCGAAACCGCAGCCGCGACGUCGUUCGCUCUGGCAUCCGAAAAACAUAGUGGCACAUUACAUUGGAAAAGGCGAUAUUUUCGGAAAUAUGACCGCAGAUGACUACAAUGUAAAUCUCUUCAAUCCAAUUGAUGGCGAAGGUGCUGAUGGACGACCGGUAGUAGUGCCAGCGCGCGAGAGCUUCCGCAUGCAGCGAUUUUUCAGGCUAAACAGCUUUAACAUACUGGCCAGUGACCGUAUACCCUUGAAUCGUACGUUAAAAGAUUACAGAAUAAAAGAGUGUCGCGACAAGAAAUAUAUCAACAAUGAACUGCCCACUACAUCGGUGAUUAUAGUCUUCCAUAAUGAGGCUUGGUCGGUGCUAUUGCGCACAAUAACCAGUGUUAUCAAUCGCUCGCCGCGUAAACUACUCAAAGAAAUCAUAUUGGUGGACGAUGCAAGCGAACGCUCUUACUUGAAGAAGCAAUUGGAGGCCUAUAUCAAAGUACUUACGGUGCCUACGCGCUUGUUGCGCAUACAGAAACGCGGCGGCUUAGUGCCAGCACGCCUACUCGGCGCUGAGCAUGCCAAAGGUGAUGUUUUGACAUUUUUAGAUGCGCAUUGCGAGUGUACACGUGGCUGGUUGGAACCAUUGUUGCAGCGCGUUAAAGAGUCGCGUAGUAGUGUGGUGGCGCCUGUUAUAGAUAUAAUAUCCGAUGAUAAUUUUAGUUAUACGAAAACCUUUGAAAACCAUUGGGGCGCAUUCAACUGGCAGCUGAGUUUUCGCUGGUUUGGCAAUAAACGCAGCGUAACGCCGGCUAAUGGUGAUCCGACGCAAGCGAUUGCCUCGCCAGCAAUGGCAGGUGGACUGUUUGCGGUGGAUAAGCGGUACUUCUAUGAGAUUGGCGCUUACGAUAGAGAGAUGCGGAUUUGGGGCGGCGAAAAUGUUGAGAUGUCCUUUCGCAUCUGGCAAUGUGGUGGACGCAUUGAAAUUUGUCCCUGUUCACAUGUAGGCCACGUAUUCCGUAGCACUACGCCGUACACCUUCCCCGGCGGCAUGAGCGAAGUGUUGGGCAAUAAUUUAGCACGCGCAGCCAUGACUUGGAUGGAUGAUUGGCAGUAUUUUGUACUACUCUACACAUCCGGUCUAUCGCUGGAAACACGUGAACGCAUUGAUGUCAGCGAACGCCUAACACUACGCGAAAAACUCAAGUGUAAGCCAUUCUCUUGGUAUUUGGAGCACAUUUGGCCGGAGCAUUUCUUUCCGGCACCAGAUCGCUUCUUUGGUAAAAUUAUUUGGCUUGAUGGUGAGACCGAGUGUGCACAGGCCUACACCAAGCAUAUGAAGAAUAUACCCGGGCGUCGCUUGUCACGUGAAUGGCCACGCAUAUUCGAUGAGAUCGAUAAUAAUGCCGAACAAUUUAUGUCGCUUAUCGAUUUGGAUCGUGAUAAGUGCUUGCGGCCGUUGGAAAAGGAAAUGCCGCGUUCAUCUGUGCAAUCGGUCACUGUGGGAGAUUGUAAUGUGCAUAGUAAAUCCAUGGAUAUGUAUGUCAUUACGCCAAAGGGGCAAAUAAUGAGUAAUGAUAAUGUCUGCCUGACAUAUAGUGAACCGAAAUUGGGUGUCAUACAGCAGUUGAAGAGUCGUAAUUUAACAUCGAAUGUACAGCUGACGCAAUGCUUGGACGAUCCAAGGCAAUUUUGGAAUUACGACAUGGAUACUCAGCACAUUUCGCAUCGCGUUUCCAAGCUUUGCCUAACACUGAAGGCAGCCAAAAUGCCACGCACAAAUAAGGUGGAGAAAAUCGUUGUUGCCAUUAAUUGUGAUUACAAAGACAUCACACAAAAGUGGGGUCUUAUACCACUGCCAUGGAAAGUUUAAAACAAGCACAUAAACACACACACACAUACAUACUUGUGCGCGCUCAUUUGCUAAAAAAAAAGCAAAAGCGGAGUGCGCACAAGCAAUUAAAAAAAUGCCAAUUAAAUUAAACAAUUAUAGGAUAAAAUUAAGAAUUAAUCAGAUAAACGAGAUUUUUAGUAGAAGAGACGCAUAAAAGUGCUAUGAACGUUGAUUAGGAACAAAAAAGAAAUUGUAGUUAGUCACACUUGCGAAGUGUACUUGUGAUAUAAAUAUAUUAUUUUUAUUUGAAAAAAAAAAAUUUAGAGAAGAAAUAACUUCUUUUUUCUUACACAUAUACAAACGCCCAAACUUAAUUGAGAACACAAAUAUAUUUAUAAUAAUUAAACCACCAACGAACGAGCGCAGUUGAAAGAAAAACACAAAACGAAGUUAAAUAAAAAAAAAUCAACAAGAACAAUAACCACCAAUGAACAUCAUCAAUACUUUACCCACUCAAUGUUUAUAUAUUUACAUAUAAAUAUAUCUAAAUACCUGUUUUUCUAAUGUAGUUAUUUACUAAAUUAUAAAC